GGUCUAAGUGGGGGGUGUGCGCUGGGCACUGCAGAGGGAACCUGUGCUAAGGACAGUUGGUGGGUGGGCAGCAUGAGAUUUGAGGAGCUACUAGACCAGGUGGGUGGCUUUGGGCCCUUCCAACUACGGAAUGUGGCCCUGCUGGCCCUGCCCCGGGUGCUGCUGCCCAUGAACUUCCUCCUGCCCAUCUUCCUGGCUGCCGUGCCUGAUCACCACUGUGCCCUGCCUGGCAUACCUGCCAACCUCAGCCGUCAGGAUUCAUGGUUGGUGGCCCAUCUGCCCCGGGAGCCUGAUGGCACACUUAGCUCCUGCCUCCGCUUUACCCACCCCCAGGCCCUCCCCAACACCACGCUGGGGGAAGAGGGGCAGAGUUCUGGGGAGCUUGAGGAGCCCUCCACAGUGCCCUGCUCUCAGGGUUGGGAGUACGACCACAAGGAGUUCUCUUCCACCAUUGCAACUGAGUGGGACCUCGUGUGUGAGCAGAAAGGCCUGAACAGAGCCAUUUCUACCUUCUUCUUUGCUGGUGUGCUGGUGGGGGCCGUGGCCUUCGGAUACCUGUCUGACAGGUUUGGGCGGCGCCGUCUGCUGCUGGUGGCGUAUGUGAGUGCCCUAGUGCUGGGCCUGGUGUCUGCAGCCUCAGUCAGCUACAUUAUGUUCGCCAUCACCCGGACCCUUACUGGCGCAGCCCUGGCUGGCUUCACCAUCAUCGUGAUGCCACUGGAGAUGGAGUGGCUGGAUGUGGGACACCGUACUGUGGCAGGUAUCCUGAGUGGCACCUUCUGGACAGGGGGUGUGAUGCUGUUGGCAUUGGUCGGGUACCUGAUACGGGACUGGCGAUGGCUUCUGCUGACUGUCACCUUGCCCUGUGCCCCAGGCAUCCUCAGCCUCUGGUGGGUGCCUGAGUCUGCCCGUUGGCUUCUGACUCAAGGCCGUGUGGAGGAGGCCCACAAGUACCUGCUCCGCUGUGCCAGACUCAAUGGGCGACCAGCGGGUGAGGACAGCCUGAGCUGGGAGACCCUGAACAAAGUGGCCACUAGGGAGCGGGUGGUCCGAAGACCUUCCUACCUAGACCUGUUCCGGACUCCGCGGCUUCGGCACAUUUCACUGUGCUGCAUGGUGGUGUGGUUUGGAGUGAACUUCUCCUAUUACGGCCUGAGCCUGGACGUCUCGGGGCUGGGGCUGAACGUGUACCAGACGCAGCUGCUGUUCGGGGCGGUGGAGCUGCCCUCCAAGCUGCUGGUCUACCUGUCAGUGCGCCACGCCGGCCGCCGCCUCACGCUGGCUGGGGCGCUGCUGGGCACCGCCCUCUCCCUGGGCCUCAGACUAGUAGUGUCCUCCGAGAUGCUGUCCUGGAGCACCGCCCUGGCGGUGGUGGGGAAAGGCUUCUCUGAAGCUGCCUUCAGCACUGCCUACCUGUUCACGUCGGAGUUGUAUCCUACCGUGCUCAGACAGACAGGGAUGGGGCUGACUGCACUGGUGGGCCGGCUGGGGGGCUCUUUGGCUCCAUUGGCAGCCUUGCUGGAUGGAGCAUGGUUGUCACUGCCCAAGCUCAUUUAUGGAGGGACUGCCCUGCUGGCUGCCUGCACUACCCUUUUGCUGCCAGAGACAAGGCAGGCACAGCUGCCAGAGACCAUCCAGGACGUGGAGAGGAAGGGUGCUCCAUCCAGCCUUCAGGAGGAAGAGAUGCCCAUGAAACAGAUCCAGGACUGAAUGGUAUCCAGGGCAGGCCCUCCACACAAGUUCUUCAGCAGGGGGUAGGAGAGCAGAAGCGCAGGCCCUGUGACCAGGGCUGGGGACAUAACACCCCCUGUCCCGGGAUGGAGUUGCCACCAAUGCCCCCUCUCUGUGCUCAUCCAGCCUUAGCUAUUUGACCUCCAGCAAUAGGGUGACUUCCCAGAAUGCAGUAGGCUGCUGAAGAAUUCUGGCAUCCCUAGCAUAGCUGGGGGGAAUCCUAUAAAUUAAAGUGCCCUUUGGGUUGGGGCAGCAGUGUGGGGCUGUGAAAUGAGCCCUGGCUGGGAAGAAAAGCCACUGACUUUGGCCCUGGAUUCUGAUUAUGGCUUUGCCACUGAUUUGCUGUGUGACCUUAAGCAUGUGGCUUUCCCUCUCUGGGCUUCAGUCUGUUCAUCUCUCAAAUGGAUAAUGAAGCCUCUGAACAGACUCCACCACAGGAUCUCUCUGUUGUCAUGCUCAAAUGAGAUGCUGAAUUAGGUGCUUCCUCUGGAGAUGAUGCUAAAGAAGGAACUGUCCUGUGAUGACUUCUGGUACCAACAGGGCUGGUAGGCAUGCUGUCCAAUGUGGGGUGCUGGGGGCUGCCCAAUGCCAGGGCCAAGGAACCAGGAGAACAGAGGUCUUUGUUCCCAUGGCUGGCUCUGCUACCUCCCAGGCAUUUUGCAGGGUAAUCCCUCCCCCUCAUCCCCCACCCCACUAUCUAAGCCCCAUGUCCAAAGAAGAGUUGGCAUGGGAGCCAAUAUUUUAUUGGAGAAGCCAGAAUAAAACAAGUUUUAUGAGUAA